AUGUCCCCCAUCCACAUCCACUCUGCUUCCCUUGACCCCGCCGUCCAUCCGGGCUACUGCAUCCCUCGGAAGACCCUGGCCCAGCGCCUCGGCCUGAAGGGGAAGAAGGUAGCCAAGAGGACGGCGUCCGCCCCGGUCCCUGCGCCCGCUCCCCGUACGAUGGGCGGCCUGAAGCUCGAAUGCGCCCUCGUCUCGCUGGACAUCGCCAAGGAGCGCCAGCGCGAGGUCCCCUGCGGCGCGUUCGACAUCGGCUGCACUCUGAUCUCCCUCGACGUCGCCCGUGGCGCGAAGGAGAUCUCCCACCGUGCGCUGCGCUUGUGA